AUGACGUGUUCAGCUGAAUAUAAUAUUCACGAUGUGCAGUACGAAGGCGUAAGAGCUCCACUACCGUUUAUCGAUCACAUAUUGUAUCGUGAGUAUAAUAAUAUUGAUUUUCCGAAAAUGUCGAAAAUGUUAGACUUGCGGUACAAUGAGAUGUGGAACGACUGGCAAGGCACGGACGACGAUCUUCGCCCUGACCUCACCAACAAACAGUACGCGCACGAAAGUCUGGUCCUGUCAUGGAAAAGUCUCAACGUCUCUGUGAAAACGGUCACCCAGAAGUAUUUCUCGUCUUCCACGGUCGAGUACAAGCGGAUUUUGUGUAACGGUCAGUACGAUUUCAAGCCGGUAUUGUACAGCGGGCCUCAUUAAAUGCCUGUUUAAAUGGAAAUAUUUGUUCACCCAUACCAAAAUUCACAAAUUCCGACUGUUUUAUAUUGUUGAUUCAAAAUUAUAGUUGCAUUCUUUCCUACUUAAAUUUCACUUUUUAAAAAUUUUUAUUCCAUGCACAAUUAUUUCAUGUUAUAUUUAACCAGCCAUCAUUUUGUCGGAUUCGGGGGCUUACAAUAUUUAUGAAAUAAUUAAUUUACACACGGAGUAUAUUUGUUUCGGGUGGAGGUUUGACUAAAUAUUGGAAGGGAUAAAGCACCUCAAAUCUUCUUAUUUUGUUGUGUAUUUUUUUGGAUUUUAUUUUAUGUGAUGGAAGAGUUCACCAAAUUUAGCCGACCAAAAAUAGUUGGAUUACGCGUGAUUAGGAUGGAGGCGAUGAAAGAGAAAAAUGAGAAGAAAUGAUCACCAAUUUGGUUUUUUUUAAUUCAUUAUUAUGAGAACAGAAAUAAUAAUAAUAAAAAAAAACCGAAUCAAUUAAUAAGCUUAUUAUUGGUUUUUAUUUUAAUUUUUAAGAAAAUAAAAUAAUACCGGUUCAUAUUUGUGCGCGUUUUUUUUUUUAGUUAGUGGGAACGCACAAUGUGGAAGACUUUUGGGAAUAAUGGGAUCCAGGUAUUUAUAAUAAUAACAAUGAUGAUCAAUUGAUAAUCUUAUAGUUUAUACAAAGUGGUUAUUUAUUUAUUUUUUUUAUUUUUUGUAUUUAGUGGCUCGGGAAAAACUACGUUGAUAUCCACUAUAAGUCACCGAACGAAAGGUCUGUACAGAAUGUUUUUACUUUUAUAUAUUACGUUACUUCUGUAUUCCGUAGGUAAUUUCGACGGCGAAUUAUUGCUCAACGGGCAACCGGUAUCCGAAGAAGUGAUGAUAAAAAUAUCCGGUUUCGUUCCUCAACACGAUGUCAGCAUUGAACAGUUGACAGCUUUAGAACACUUGUCUCUGAUGGUAAAUAUUUUCAUAAAAUAGAUAAUAUAAUCUUUAAUCGUAACAAAUUUAUUUAUUUUUUUCAAAACAUAAGUUGAAGACGAGUCCCUAUUUAUAUUUAAAAUUCAAAAGACAAUAAUAUCAGAGUACCGGUGGGAGGCAUCAUCAAACUGGGAACUGACGUCAUUUUACUCAUUAAAGAAACCUUCUUUUUUUUUUCUGAGUGGAACGAAGUUUAUGGUUUUACAAAGAUGUUUAUUUAUUUUUUUUUCUGUGGACAACAUUUCUAUCAAAAAUCGUGCUCCAAUUUUUAAGUGUAGCGCCUUUUCUGAAAGGAAAUCGAUGUGGGGAGGUACUUUGGUGAGUCAUUUUUCGAAGAAGGUAAAAUGGGAAAAACGUGGGAAAACAGGAAAAUCGGUACAUUAAACAAAUAUUGUUAAAGAAAAUGCCUAUUUAAUUAUUUUAUGAUAAUAUGACAUAUUUACUGUCGAAAAAGUAUCGCUAUCAACUGAACUCCGUUCAGGAUCGUUUUUUCGUUAGCAAUGGUUUAUCGUUGCUUACAGGUAUACAUUAAAUUACUAAGAAUAGUAGCUGCACACGACCCCGUUAUCCUAAGACGUCUUUUUAAUAACUUACUUUAUGAUUAUUAACUCUAAGGUAACAAAAAGGUUUUAAAUCUAUAUAAAGAACCUCCGGAAUUUAGACCGAAUAGAAAUAGAAAAUAGUUGUGUUUAUAAAGUUGGUGACGAUUAGGUUUAUUAUAUUUCGUGUUGUUCAAGGCCAAAUUGAAAAUGGAUCGGAACCCGACUGAAAUCGCUCUGAACGAGAACGUCGAUCACAUUGUGUCCACGUUGGCCAUGGACAAAUUCGCCCACACGAGGAUAUCGUUUUUAUCGGGCGGUGAGCGGAAAAAAGUCGCACUUGCCGUUCAGCUGCUGAACGACCCGCCCAUACUGUUCUGCGACGAGAUCACCACCGGCCUGGACAGUUAUUCGGCCGCGCACAUCGUCAACACCCUGAAGAACGUCGCGCGGACGGGCAAGAUCGUCGUGUGCACGAUCCACCAGCCCGCGUCCGGCGUGUUCGGCAAAUUCGACGACGUCAUCCUGCUCACGGAAGGGCGUCUCGCCUACCAGGGACCCGUGACCAUGGUCAAUCAGCUGUUUCAAAAGUACUUACACGGAUAUUUUAACAAUAUUGUCAGCAAUAUUUAUUAUAUAACAUAUCGAUGUGUUUUUCGACCGCCCCGCCGUCAAUAAUUGUGCUAUUUCAAGGUUCAAUUACGUUUGUCCGAACAUGUUCAACGAAGCCGAUUACGUAAUUUCCAUUUUGAACUCCGACAAAGAGACCGUCAAAAGGGACGUGGAUGAAAUGUGCAGGUUGUCUUUGACCGAGUGCCAAAUGAAUCUCAACUGCGACACGUUCAAUAAUCAAGUAAUCAACAAUCGUUUCUAAUAAGAUUUCGUAUUGAGAUGCGCUUAAACCUCUUCGAUUACUAAUCAAAAAAGCGAUUAUUCGAUAUGUAUAUAUGUAUAUAUAUAAAAAAAAAAAAAAUCUCGUUUAUAGUGAAUUAUUUGUUUAAUUGAGAGUAUGCCAAGUUUUAACGGUAAUGAUAAAACAAUAAAGAACCGGACAGGUCAUAAAAUUGUUUACAUUUUUUUUUUUUUUUAUGAAAAGCCGCUGUGUUGCACGUUGGCCGCUCAGACAUUUUAUAAAAAUAACUGGAGCAAUAGAGCUAUCAAGCCCGCGUGUAAAUAAUUUGAAGCACAAAUAAUAAGUGACGGGUCACCCGAUUGGACGUGCUAUCUACGCACCGUUGGGUGUACACUCGUUUCAUAUUAUUUUCGCCUCAACAACAUUUUGUCUACGACGGUUUAUAGUUUUUAGUUUAGUCGAAUAUGCGAUGAGCCUAUUGGGUUGUGUACGUACAGAUAGCGUCUCGUAUGCCGACUCCGUGUUGGAUGAAAUUAUCAUAUACACGACUCCAACCAUAGUGUAUUGUCAUGCUCUAAGGUUUCACGUUGUGUCGAUAAAUUGAAAAUGGCACUAAUAAUACAACCGUAUCUCCGCAUGGCUGCACAUCUUGUUUAAUAUUAUAGAUUUAAAUACAUGCAGUAUUCAUCUGUCGAUGUUUUUGUAUUUAAAUAUAGAAAAUUAACUUCCGAUUAAUCGAUUAUUUUGAGGAUAUAAUCGAACAGCUCUGCUUACACCCAGUACGCAUCGCGAUAUUUUAUGUGCGAGAUAAUCAGCACAGUUUACAAAACCAUUUAUUCCUACAUUUUAUAUUUACCGUAUUUUCAGAAACAAAUGGACUUUAUGCACUAUUUGCACAUGUAAGUAUACCAUUUCGUUGAACUUUGAGUAAUCGAUGUCGGUAUACCCACACGAAUCUAGUAAAUCAUGCCCGAAGAAAAAAUUCUCGGCGGUGAAAAUGUUCGAUGAAAAAAUGGCCGAAGGAAAACGAUGUCGAAAAAGAAAAUAUACGUGUAUAUUAUUUAAUUUAUGUAAUCGGUCCGUAAUAUUUUGUAAUGGUGGCAGGUGACACCAUUGCGGCACUCCAGGAGAUAUUAUAAUAUGAGACGAAAGUGAAUUUUCCUUUAUAUUUAAAUACAUUAAACAUUUUUACGUUAGGGAAUUAAAAAAAAAAAAAAAUUAACAUUAUAUCAUUAUUUGUUUAUUUAGACAAAAACCAAUUUGGACAACGCAGUUUACGUUGAUUUUUGGCAGGUCGACCAAAUGUUUCUUUAGAAGUUUCCAAUCUAAAUUGCUGGAAUUAGGAAUCCUAACGGUAUUAUUAUGUUUUCUAUGUACUAAUUUACAAUGUAUGUAUUUCAUACUACGUAUCGUUGCCUUUUUUUUUUUUUUUACACAAUAAGCAAAUAUGAUAAUUUUAAUUACAAUAAUUUAUAUAAAUUUUAACUGAGAAUGAUAUGAGGAGGGAGGCCAACCAGUGCUGGAACCCAACUGUCGUUGCUUUUGAUGUUAAACAAAUAAAAUUAAACUAUCCGAUCGUAAUAACGCUCCAGUCUGUAUUACGCCUAAAAUAAUUGUUUAAUAAAAGUGACAAAGUUGUUCAGCGUGAAAAGGUUUUUUUUCUAAAAUGCUUUUCUGAAAAUCACGGUGCCUACACUCAUAUAAUAUCAAUGUUUAACUUUAUCGAUUUUAACGUAAUAUAUUAUAUUGAAGAGGUCUGCCAUUAACCUUGCAGUUUUAAAGAUAUUCUCUCGCGAACGCUCCACCGGUGAAUAACGUAUUGGAGACUUGCCUAUGUUGGACUGACAUUUCGCUAUGUAACAUUAUUUUUUACAAAUAAGUGAGCAUAAAAGCCAACAUGAUUCACAUUAACUAAGAUGUUGACAAAUUUUUAGAUUCAUUGAAAUAAACUGCACUGAUUAUAAGAAUUUAAUAUGCUGAUCCAAUUGAAAAUUCACUAGAUCCAAAUUAAGCAACUGGUCGCUUAUUAUGGACCGGUCAGAAUCUAAAAUUGUAACUCUAUAAUGACUAUGCCAAAUUUAAGUCUACAUGUUUAGGUAUUGUUUUAAUGGAAAUUUAUAUUGAUCAAUGGUUCACACCACUGUAUUCAAAAAAUUACAAAGGGGUCCAAUAUAGGCGACUCUCCUCUAUAAAGUGAUUUUUCACGAGUGUGCGCGCCAUGGAUUUCUUUUAGUUUCUCAUAGUAUCACCGACGUUUUUCUUUUCGAAUAAGAAAAGCACGUUUUAAAAAAAUAUCGUUCAUUCUAAUAUGUUUUCGUUAAGUUGUUAAGCGUUGUUAUCUCGUCAUCGUAUGCAAACAUCAAGUUCGACACAGAAGCGGUACAAAAUUGGGAAGGAUUUUGGUUGAUAACCGUCAACGAACUGAUAUUUCACAACAGUUAUUUGGCCGUCGCGUUUUACGAAGAAAGGUUUACCGUUGUUCACCGAGAAGUAUACAAUAAAACGUAUCCGUUGAGCNUGUACUUUGUUUCCGAAUUAUUGAUUGCGGUAUGCAGUACGCAUUGGACGUUUUACAUUAUUUACUAUUCUAAUUAAAAUAUUAUUGUAUAAAUAAUAAAUAUAUGAAUAUGAAUUUUUUUCUUUUACUGCAGACGUUUUGGCUGAUUAUAAAAUUGCUGUUUUAUUGCAUUACUGCGUUCACCAUCGUCGGUGUCGAAUGGGGUCUCACGGAAUUAUGUGUAUAUUUCGUAAUAGCAGUUGCAGGGUUUUCUCACGGUAAUCAAAUUAAUAUUUCUACUGUUGCGUACACAGAUUAUUGUUUUAUAGAUUAUGCUUUCUUGUGAUAUUUUUUAGCACACCGUAUAGUAAUUUAUUGAUGUUGAACCAUAUUAGUUUUACCAACAUUUGUUUAAAUAUUUUAAUUUAAACUUUUUCCAUACAAAACUGAUUGUACAUUUCGCCACACAACAAAAACUAGUGCAAGAAUAGGAGAAACGCAUUGUUUUAGACAAUAUGAUUCUAAAAAAUGUUUUUAUAUAGGUAGAAUAUUUUAUAAAAGAAUGAAGAUUUCGUUGUGAAAUCGACUGUAACAUAGAAUUACUCUUAAUAAAUAUUCUAUUGACUGAAAAUAUAUACACCAAGCUAAGUUUUGUCUUGAUACAUUUUUAGAUUCUGAGCACAGAGAGGAAUGUAUUGGUUUGAAUAUGACGUGUUUUUUUUUCUGGCUUCGUAUAAGUUUUCAACCAGAAAUCUAACUCAAUCCCAAGUGGGAAAUGUAGGGAAUGUAUUGGUUUUACAGUGAUGUUAGUAUUUUUUUUUCGGAUUCGGAACGUAUUGGUUUUAUAAUAAUAGUCAUUUUUUGAUUUUCCAUAGUGCUCUUCCUAAUAAUUGGGGAAAAUGUAGGAAGCACGGGAAAUGUACGUAUAUAUUUAAAAGUAACUUCGCUCCAAGUCGCUUUUCGUUAGCUAUGGUUUAUCGUUUCGUACAGACAUAAAUUCAUUCGAAGUAUGUCAGUUCUGUUAAUGUUUUUAAUAAAUAAUACUAAAUACGUUUACAGGGAGUCUCACUUCGGUUUUUUUUGAUCAGUUGGAGAACACAAUCAUAUUUGCAUCGAUCGAUGAUUUUGUAGCGUUACCUCUAAGCGGCGCUUAUGUGUCAUUAAAGUAAGUCGAUUUAUAUAUUAUACAUUUCCUACCUAAAAUGUCGAUUAUACUCUCGUAUUAUAAAAUUUAACAAUGACGUAUGUUUUGUCCCAUCAGGUCUUUGCCAAAAUUUUUAUAUUAUCUACGGUACUGUUCGGUAUUUUUCCUCGGUUGCGAAAUGGUUUCGAUACUAUUUUGGGAGCAUAAAAAAUCCAUACGUAAGUUUACAUAUUAUUUUAAAAUACGGAUAUUUUGUGUCCACAGUAUUUUAAAAAUAAAUUACAAUUGUUUUUGUGUGUUUGUCUUAUAUUAUGUAGCGUGUUUUGAUCCCGACAACUGUGUGGCCAGCGGGACGGCGGUUUUAGAUAAAUUCGGUUAUAUAGCCGGAGAGUACAAUUUAGACCUGACGAUUUUAGUUUCGUUUAUUAUAAUCGCAAACUUAUUGAGUUUUCGCGGAAUUUUAAACAAAAUGAAAAAAAAACCAGCUUAUUAA